GCUGAGUUAACUUCCUGGUCAUGGUAGGCUAGGUCUGGCAGCUCCCCGGAACUCCAGCUCGUGUGUGACCCUCUGCAGUGUCCAGAGAGAAGACCUCGGGACCUGGGGGGCAGUGGCACCACAGCCCAGGUGACGACUGCUUCUGUCCCUGUGGGGGUUCUGGCGGCUCCUUCUCUGCCUCUGGGUGUGAUCCUGGAGGUUUUCAGGAGAAGCCAUGGCCUCAGUCACAGCCACCAAGAGGAUGAGGGAGGAAGCCACCUGCUCCAUCUGCCUGAGCCUGAUGACUGAGCCGCAGAGCAUCAGCUGUGGACACAGCUUCUGCAAGCGGUGCAUAGAGGGCUUCCUGGACAACCUCGGUCACCAGCAGCCAAAUCUGCGCCAGCACCCCUGUCCCCAGUGCCGGGCUCCAUUCAACAGGACAAGCAUGCGGCCCAACAAGCAGCUGGGGAGCCUCAUUGAGGUCAUAAAGGAGCUGGACCAGGAGAUGACGUGCAAGGAGCACGGGGAGAAGCUGCACCUGUUCGACAAGGACGACGGCCAGCUCAUCUGCUGGCGCUGUGCGUGGUCUCCACAGAACAGGUGGUGCACCUCCGCGCUCGUGGAGGACGUGUGCCCGGGCUAUAAGGAAGAGCUCCAGAAAGCCGUGACAAAUUUGAGAGAACUGGAAAAGGAGUGUAGGAAUCGGAAAGAAUUCAUGACAAAGCAAAUAACCGAAUGGAACAGGAAGGUGGAGCUUCAGAGACAGAAAAUCCAGCAUGACUUCAAAAAUUUGCACAGCUUCCUGUGGGAGGAGGAGAAGUCUUACCUGUGGAAACUGGAGAAGGAGAACGAGCAGACUCUGAAGGCUCUGAGGGACAGCGAGGCCAGUCUGGAGCGCAAGAGGCAUGAACUCGAGAGGCACAUCCAGGACCUGGAGGACAGGUGUCAAAGCUCAGCCCAGAAGCUGCUGCAGGGCGUGAAGGGCGCUUUGAGCAGGAGCUCGGCUGUGAAGCUGGAUACACCGGAGGCCCCGUCUUUGGAGGUUCAGACUGUCUGUGAUGUUUCUGAGCUUUACUUUGAUGUGACAAAGCUGUUGAGGGGCUAUCAAGUCAACAUGACUCUGGAUCCAGAGACAGCUGAUCCUGAACCAAUCCUGCCUGCGGACCAUGAGGGCUUCACCUCAGGACGACAUUACUUUGAAGUGUAUGUGGGAGAAAGCAAACAGUGGGAAUUAGGAGUUUCUAUGGAAAUCGUGCAGGAGGACAUGGACACAUUGUGGAAGCCCGAGUCUGGGUACUGGGUCAUCAGGCUGUGCGCUGAUGGCAACUACAUAGCACUGACACGGAAUGCCACCUUGCUUCAUCUGCGGGAGCGUCCCCUGCUUGUGGGGGUUUUCCUGGACUAUGAGGCGGGAGCCGUCUCCUUUUACAACAUGACCACGGCCUCCCACAUCUUCACCUUUCCCAGGGCCUCCUUCUCGGGGACGCUGCGGCCCUUUAUUCAUGUUUAUCCCUCUUCUCCCCUGUCACUGUCUCCCCCAGAUGAGUAAACAAAGGCACAGUCUCCUUCUUAGCUUCACCAGCAUCGGGAAAAUAAUAUAAAUCCUGUGAGGCAGAAUGUGGUCUGUUUUCUUCCCGCUAUUUCCUUAUACCUACAACAGUGUUGACGGGGCCUCUAGUGGGUCCUUAA